AUUUAGCCAGUUUGUUUCCUCUCCUGGGAUUUGUUUAGCACAGUCAGGCCCCUGCCCUGGGCCUGAGAGACACCCGUGAAUUUCCAAGUAGCUAAGCUACUUGCCGGCGAGGGUGGCGCCGGGCGUGGUUGCUCGGGGGGUGAGGCCCUCUUCGCCUGAAAGGGCUGGAGGCCUGGUGUAGAGAAGUGGGGAAAGUCUUCCAGGCCAGACUGGAAAGCAGGCCCAGGGUGCCACUGUUUACAGGGAGCCUGCUGUGUGGUAAAGGGGUCAUCCCUACCCCAGCCCUGCUCGCUUGGUGGAUGUCACAAGUGGAAGCCAGGGAAGGGAGAGGAAGAAGGCGUUUGAGUAGGGGUUGGUGAAGGCUGGUGUUGACCUAGGAGAGUAGUUUUCGAUGUUUGUAUAAUGCGUGACAGCCGCACCUAUACCCUGUAGCUCCCUCUCUCCAGCCCUCAACUUCAAUCAAGCAGGGAGGCAGGGCGUGGGAAUUAUGGCUAGAGGUCCAGAAUUUACCCCUAAACAGGGCUAAACUAAAUGGAGGAAAGACUGGGGAACUUGGAAGAUGGCAUUUCAGGUCUCUCCAGGAGGAAGGGAAAAAGCAGGACCACGCCUGAGGCCUGUCUGCAAGAAGUGAGGGUGUGUGUUUUACUCUGAGCCAAACCAUUGACGACUGAAUCUUGGCUUUGGGGUGGCCAUGUUCCUGGAAACUAGUCUGGGCAGGGGCCGCAGAGGUGGCAGUACAGGUGUUUGUAGGGGACCUGUUCCCUGGAAUGGGGGUGUGAGAGAGGAUGGUUUAUGCCUUGGGGAGGUUGAUAGUGUCCCUGCUCAGUGCCCAGUAUGAGGGGAGUGGAUGGGUUAAAUCUUUGUUCUUUGGCUAGUUGAAUACCUGUUGGAGACACAGGCCUUGAAUUUUGCUGUGAUGGCAGCUAGAGAUACCAGAGCUGAGUUAAACUAGGCUAAGCUUGUUCUGUGGGCAUUGGGAUUUGGGUGGUGAGAGUGUUCUGAAAGAGAACUCUGGUUUAGGUGUGUUUAAGGCUGGGUGUCAUGCAGUCUCCUCCCUAACCACUUCGUUGGCCCUCCAUGCUGCUUGGAUCUUUGUUGAUGUUUUUCAUUUACUUUCUUGGUGUAUAGAAGAAGGGAGGGACUUAGAAGCCUGGGUGCAGUGGCAGGAUAUGGUACAGCAGACUCUGACUGAGAAGUGUUGGGUCCAGGCCCCAGAUAAAACACUUUGCUGUGCCUCAGUUAACCCAGCUGUAAAAUGGGGAUGAUAACAAUGGGGAUGAUAAUUUCAUUAUGAGGAUGAAAUCAGACACGUUAAAUAAAAGCACAUGUAAAAACUGUUAAGCCUAUGUAGAUAGAGGAUUGCUGUUACCGUGGUUUCAUUAGCUGAAGGCCAUCAUCUUUUAUAUCUCCCAGUGGCCAAGAAAUGUCUUAGCUUCCUGUGGUUAAAAAAAAAUACUACUUGUAGUGUUUUGUUUUUAAGUUGUGAAUCGAAACACGUCAUUGUAGGAAAAUGUGAAUCGUAUAUAAAAGUACUUAGGCACGUAUAAAAUUCACCCACAGUCCUAUCACCAGGUAACCACUAAGAACUUCUUGUUGCAUUGAUGUAUUAUUUCUUUCCCUUUUCAAAAAUUCUCAGUGCUUAUGUACACGAGUGCAUAUUAUGGUACAAGAUGGAGAUACUACUGUACAGUCAAUAUUGUAUGAUGCCUUUUCCCCCCUUAAGUACAUAUUUAAACAUUUUCCCAAAUCCAGUAAACAUUCUUCAGAUGCCUCGAUGUUAAUGGCUACUUGAUAUUGCAGCCUAUGAAUGUCUAAUUAGAUAUUUUUCUCUGUGAUUUUGGUUGCUUCCAAAGUUUCCCUCUCUGCCUGUUCUUAUAGUCUUAGGUGCUGGGUGGCUGGUGGAGGAGAUCUCGGUGGACUUUCAGAAGGUGGAGAGGGUUAGCUGUGAUGGAGGUGGGGCAUAGAGGAGGAGGAGGCUGGGGCAGCGUUGCUCCUGUGUACUGCCAUCUUGGGAGAACGCUGAGAACGCAGGGCUCUAGAUCUUAGUCAUCGACCUCUAAGGGCGGCUGCCUCUCCCUCCCCGUCACUCUGUGCAGUUCCUUGCGUUGGCCUGGUUGCCUUAAUUUUUUUUUGAUGUGCUGUGGAUCAACUAGGAUAAGCCCUUUUCUUCAAAGCCCAUGAUCUGUCAAGAGGUGGAUUUCACGUGUCUGCCGGGCCUCGACACAAGACUGACCAAUAUUGCAACAGAAAUUCCCGAAAGCCCCUCACUAGGUGGACCAGUUUGCUGCCCAUUUCCCUGUUCUCUUUGUUCUUCCCUUACCCCAUCCCCCUUCCUGCAGGCCAGGACUGAGGAAGAGAAGGCUAGAACUUGCCCUGGGGAGAAUAUGCAUUCCCUCCUCCUUAUAAGGUAAAUGUUCUCUGUGGUUUGAUAGCUUGACUUUGCUGUCCUACAGAGCAAUCUACAUCAAGGCCAAGAACCUGGGGGUGGGGGGCCCUUGAAUACCGAGUGCUACCUCACCUGCCCACUGUGAGCUGCUCCCAGGGGGGAAGGUUUCAGUUGCAGAAUUUGGUAAUUGGGUCAGAAGGCUCAGGUGAGAGCAGGUCCUGCCGUGUUCUUAAAGUGCCAGUGACCGAGCUGGGUUUGAGUUUUCCCGUUUGUUGGGGGCCUGGCUGGGGAGAGAAGUGGCCUUAGGACCCACCCCUUAAGCUAAGUUCCUCCGAGGGGGAAGCCUUCGGCUGACUCAGCUGGUUUGGUUUCUGAACCGCGAUCCAGGUGGGAAUCUUUCUGGGUGGGAAGGUGACUUAUUUGUCUUCCCUUUCUCAGGUCAGUGGAUGUUUGAGCAAUUCCAAUGUGGAUUUCUUCAGGGAGUCUGAUGAGGACAUUGUGUUUAGUAACUAAUGUCGCUCUUGUCACGCAGUAGCUGACGGACAAAUAUUUGUUGAAUGAACGUUCUUUUGCAGGCCUGUCUUUCUCACCUGAAGUAAAAACAAAGAGAAAUGAGAACGCCAAAAAAUCUAAACACAACACCCCAGGCAAACACUUCUCCGAUCAUGGCUCUCCACCCCCGCAGAGUUCGGCUGAAGCCCUGGUUGGUGGCCCAAGUGGAUAGUGGCCUGUACCCUGGGCUCAUCUGGCUACAUAGGGACUCCAAACGCUUCCAGAUUCCCUGGAAACAUGCCACCCGGCAUAGCCCCCAACAGGAGGAGGAAAAUACCAUUUUCAAGGCCUGGGCUGUGGAGACAGGGAAGUACCAGGAAGGGGUGGAUGACCCCGACCCAGCUAAAUGGAAGGCCCAGCUCCGCUGUGCGCUCAACAAGAGCAGGGAAUUCAACCUGAUGUACGACGGCACCAAGGAGGUGCCCAUGAACCCAGUGAAGAUAUAUCAAGUGUGUGACAUCCCCCAGCCCCAGGGCUCUAUCAUUAACCCAGGAUCCACUGGAUCUGCUCCUUGGGAUGAGAAAGAUAAUGAUGUGGAUGAAGAAGAUGAGGAAGAUGAGCUGGACCAGUCACAGCACCACGUUCCCAUCCAGGACACCUUCCCCUUCCUGAACAUCAAUGGUUCUCCCAUAGCACCAGCCAGUGUGGGCAACUGCAGUGUGGGCAACUGCAGCCCCGAAGCAGUGUGGCCCAAAACGGAACCUCUGGAGAUGGAAGUACCCCAGGCACCUAUACAGCCUUUCUAUAGCUCUCCAGAGCUGUGGAUCAGCUCUCUCCCAAUGACUGACCUGGACAUCAAAUUUCAGUACCGUGGGAAGGAGUAUGCACAGACCAUGACGGUGAGCAACCCCCAGGGCUGCAGGCUCUUCUAUGGAGACUUGGGUCCCAUGCCUGACCAGGAGGAGCUCUUUGGUCCCGUCAGCCUGGAGCAGGUCAAGUUCCCAGGUCCGGAGCACAUCACCAAUGAGAAGCAGAAGCUGUUCACCAGCAAACUGCUAGACGUCAUGGACAGAGGACUGAUCCUGGAGGUCAGCGGUCAUGCCAUCUAUGCUAUCAGGCUGUGCCAGUGCAAGGUGUACUGGUCUGGGCCAUGUGCCCCAUCGCUUGUUGCCCCCAACCUGAUCGAGAGACAAAAGAAGGUCAAACUGUUUUGUCUGGAAACGUUCCUUAGUGAUCUCAUUGCCCACCAGAAAGGACAGAUAGAGAAACAGCCACCAUUUGAGAUCUACUUAUGCUUUGGGGAAGAAUGGCCAGAUGGGAAACCUCAGGAAAGGAAACUCAUCUUGGUUCAGGUCAUUCCAGUGGUGGCUCGGAUGAUCUAUGAGAUGUUUUCUGGUGAUUUCACACGAUCCUUUGACAGUGGCAGUGUCCGCCUGCAGAUCUCAACUCCAGACAUCAAGGAUAACAUUGUUGCUCAGCUGAAGCAGCUGUACCGCAUCCUGCAAACCCAGGAAAGCUGGCAGCCCAUGCAGCCCACCCCCAGCAUGCAACUGUCCCCUGCCCUGCCAGCCCAGUAAUCAUGAACGCCAUCUUCCUUCUCUUUUUUACAAUAUUGUACAUAUGGAUAUUUUUUAUUAGAUUUAACCAGCUUUUAAACCUUUCUUCUUUCUAACAAUAUUAGUACUCUCUGACUCUCCAAAUAUGCCUAGCUUUUAAAGUUGAUUUAAUUUAUGGAAAAAUCACCCUUCAUACUUUCCCUUUCUUUUUUAAACCUCCCCAUGGUAGUGUAAUAUAGUAGAAGGAGAUUUGGCCUGGGAGUUUGGACACCAGGGUUCUAGCUGCAGCUUUGCUUCCAGUGGUGUGACCUUGAACCAAGUCAUUUAGCCUCUGGGCUUCAGAUUCAUUACUGUAAAAUGAAGGAGUUGGAAUGAUGCCUGAAAUAAUGCCAGCUUUAAAACUCUGACUCAGUGACUUCCUUCUACUUGUACAAGGCAAAACUGCCUGGAACAGAACAUUUCUGCCUUGUUCUUGCACCACAUUUUUUUUUUUUUUUUUUUUGCUUUCAUUAAAGUUCCCUCAAGCACUGA